UUGAUGUCGGACGGAGCGAGUGCAGACUCAGGGAAUGAAGUUUGAAGGAGGACAAAACAACCAGGAAGUGAAACAAACAAGGAAACCGCGUCGCGUCAAACCCUCGGUCGGACUACAUCUGUUCUGUGGUGGAGAAACGACUGGGUGUUCUGGUGGAAGGAGCCUGUUUCCAGCAGAAUGGACGUCGACCCGGAGAAGGGAGGGAUGUCAGCGGCGCCACCGCAGCCGCAGGACCGGGUCCAGUCCUUGAGGGACCAAGUGGACGGAGUUAAAAACAUCAUGACGGAGAACGUGGACCGGAUCCUGGCCCGCGGGGAGAGGCUGGACGACCUCAUGGGGAAGUCUGAAGACCUGCAAGCUGGGGCGCAGCACUUCAAGCAGACCUCGCAGAAGGUGGCGCGCUCCUACUGGUGGAAGAACGUGAAGCUGGUGGUGGUGAUCGUGGUGAUCGUGCUCAUCAUCGUGCUCAUCAUCAUCCUGCUGGCCACCGGCGUCAUCCCCGUCAGCGCCCCCGUGCCCCCCGUGGUGGCCCCCACCACCAAGCCCUAGAGGAAGACCCCGCCCCCCUGUUGCCCUGAUCCAUAGACUUAUUGAAAUCAGUGCUGCCCGGUGUGAAGCCUUUUCCUGCUGAGAUUAGAGUUUGGGUCACAGUUGUGUCAUCUGCUUUUACUGGAGAAGAAAUGAUGGAGGAGCCAAGUGAGACUUGUGUAGCCGGUUAGUUGCAUCCGUUGCUCCCCUGUCACUCCUGCAGACCUGCACGUCCACCUGCUGACCACCGCCACCUCCAUGUUGUCUUCCGCGCCUCCGGCUAUUUAUUCAAAGCUCUGGGCUCCGCUUCCUUCCUGGUGACGUUCCUGCUGGUGUCCACCUCCAAGGCUCUUCUGACGUUUAGAGGGUUUGUUUUGUAUUUAUUCUGGGGAAAGUCCUGCCUCCAGGUCGCCGUUGUUCCAGCGGCGUCGUGGUGACGGCGACUCUUAAAAUCAUCGUGUGAGUCCGUCUGUUGUUUUGAUUCUUAAGAAAUAAAUAGUAUUUUCUUCUGUUUUGGGUCUCCGGGC